AUGCGUUUCACGUCGUCUGUCACAAUGGCCUUGGGCCUUGGUGGAAUGGUCUCCGCCAACCCGGUUCUAUUUAACGCUCGUCAGGUGGCUGGUCUCAAUGCUGCCAUGGUCGCCAGAGGAAGGGAAUACAUUGGUACCUCCUUGACUAUCCGCAAUGAUCAAUCAGAGACGAAUAUCAUCGGCAACAAGAAUGAGUUCGGAUCAAUCACGCCCGAGAAUGCCAUGAAAUGGGAUGCCACAGAGCCAAACCAAGGCCAGUUCACCUUCGGUGGUGCAGACCAAGUGGCCAAUUAUGCAACUCAAAACGGCAAACACAUGCGCUGCCACACUCUCGUCUGGUACAGCCAGCUUCCAGGGUGGGUGUCGAACAGCAACUUCAAUAAUGCCACAUUGAUCAACGUCAUGACAAACCAUAUCAACCGAGUUAUGGGCCAGUACAAGGGUAAAUGCACUCACUGGGACGUUGUCAACGAAGCUCUCAAUGAGGAUGGCACUUACCGCCCUAAUGUCUUCCUCAGUGUCAUUGGAGAGGCGUAUCUCCCAAUGUCUUUCCGUCUUGCCGCUGCUGCCGACCCAUCUGCCAAGCUCUACUACAACGACUACAACCUCGAGUACGCUGAAGCUAAAUCCGAAGGUGCUGCCAGAAUCGUCAAGCUCGUUCAGUCAUAUGGCGUGAGGAUUGAUGGCGUUGGUCUCCAAGGCCACUUGGUUGUUAGCAAGACCCCAACCCAGGACAUUGCUACCCCGUCGCAGGAGAUUCUAGAGAAGAGCUUGCGCAUGUACACUGACUUGGGUGUCGACGUUGCCUAUACCGAAGUUGAUAUCCGUAUGAAUAUGCCGGCUAGUGCGCAGAAUCUCCAAGAACAAGCGGAGUGCUACGGUAGACUGACCAGGGCGUGCAUGGCUGUCGAGCGAUGUGUUGGUAUCACUCUCUGGGGUGUCUCGGACAAAUACUCGUGGGUCCCGCAAACCUUCAAUGGUGAAGGUGCUGCCCUCUUAUGGAACGACAACUAUCAGAAGAAGCCAGCCUACGAUGCUAUGCUGAAGGCUAUCCAGGGGUAA